GAUCCUAUGAAUUUUCAUGAAAAACGGAGAAUGAGAGACUCCUUCAGUAUUACCUGAAGACUUUAUCGACAGUGCUUGAAAAUGGGCGUAGCGGAGUAGUUUCAAAAAUAAAAGUGGGCGUAAAGCGCUGGAAACUGCUUAGCGAAAUGGUAACAAGUAAAACACCAGAGUGGCCGCUCUCAGGUUUCUCUCUGGUUUCACUGACUUGACGCCAUUUGUCGUGUUGAGGUUCACGUUCAUUCACGGUUACCGUUGACACGCUCGUUCCGCGAACGCGCCUUCAACUUUGGUCCCACGCGAAAAUGAAGGUCGUCUGCAUCAUCUGUCACGAUUCGCUGCUGUCGCCCGAGAGCAACGAGGAGUCCGGGGACAUCGUUUUCACCCUUUGCGGCCAUGUGUUCCAUCACCGCUGCCUGUUGCAGUGGCUCGAGAUAUCGAAAACCUGCCCGCAGUGUCGUAAGAGAACGACGGAGAAUUUAAUCCAAAAUGCUCACUUCACGUUUGCGGCCACCGAGAGCGACAAUGUAGAUAACGCGGACAUUAUGACCUUGCAAGGGAGUAUCGACAGUCUGCGAUAUAAAGUCUUGCUGGUCGAAAGGAACAACAAGCACUACAUUGCGAAGAAUCAUAACCUGGAGAAGCAGAACGCCGCCCUUAGACAGGAAGUGCAUAAAAUCGAGAGCGAGAGCAGGAAGCAGAGCGCGAAAAUCAACCACAUGAAGUCGGAGUUAUCCAUGUGCAGCAUGAGGCUGUGUCAGAAGCAGACUGAAGUGAUACAUUAUCGACACUUGUACAAAACGCUAUCAAAGGGUAUACAAGAAAUGAUUGAAAAAAUGAAAGCUUAUACCUCCAGUAAAAGUUCUCUUACGAAAAAGUUGGCAGACGAGAGGAUGAAAAAAAUCGAACAUCUUGAAGAGCAGCUUAAGAAGCAUCCUGAUUCCCCAACGACAGAAAAAUCUAAGUGCUUAAAAUCUAUCGUUUCGGAAGUACAACAUGCGAAUACGUUACCUUGUGAACGUGAAAAUUUGUCCCCACAACAUGAAAUUCGUAAAUUGGAAAAGACUGAUACCCAGCAAAUGAACACAGUACAGGAAACCGAUGUACAAACUCUUGUUGCGUUGCAACAUGUAAUGAGACAGAUUUUUCCAUUUCAUAAUUCGAAAAUGUAUAAUUCUCAUCAUCUACUAUUAAACUCUGUGUUCGAUAAUUCUCCGUUCGUCGGGCACCCAGCGAGAUCCGUUAGAAAAAGACCAAGGAUGAUGAAUUUGCAACCAGAUAGUAGCAGCGAUGAAACAAAUGAUGUAAUUGUAGACGAUAUUGAAAUCAAUACGGGGAUAAGUUUACCAUCAGCGUCAGAUGAUACAAUCGUUUCUAAUGAAGCGAGUGAGGAAGAAUUAUAUGAAUAAUUCUACAUUCGAUGAGUGCCCGACAAUUAGAAAAAAAAAGAAAUGUUUGCGAUCGGCUACUAGUAGCGAUAAAACAAAUAAUAGGCGAUGUUAGAAGCCCCGCUGGGAUAAAUUCACAAUCAAACCAGGAAAAGUUAAAACUAAAGGGAGUAUCGAAAUUAUUUUUUAAUUAAGCCCAUGUUAAAAGUAAUUUAGCAUUAAAAUUUUUUACUGUAGUUUACGUCAACAUCUGUUGCAUUUAUUAAAUUAUAAACAGAGAAUAGAAUCCUAAUGCUACGCAUUAAGUUUCGAAUUAUUUUCCUUUAUGAUAGAAUCUCUUCCUCAAUUUUCAUUUUUGUUUAAAUCUGGAAUCAAUUAUAACCGAAAUAUUUGCUUUGCUUUUAUUGGUAGACUAGCGACAAAUGUCGAUACGUGUUUCUUAUUUUGUGUUUUAGCCUGGGCACAUUGCGAGCAAAAAGAAACUUCCAAUUUAAAUAAAGCAACUUUACCAAUGCCUUUCUCGUCAUGAACAAUUUUUUUUACCGAUAAUUCGUGGCAAAUAUAAUCUUCCAAUUGGACGCAGUUCUGCAAUGCGGAACCAACUUUGAAACCAUACUUUUCCGCUAGAGUGAAUUUCGCGAAACAUUACAAAUAAAAUUUUGCGCCAACGUUAUCCUAAAUAUAACUAAACUAUAAUCCUUCUUAAAAAUGUCAUACGUUUUUUAAGAGUUAGAUUAUAUAUUAUACAGUAAAAAAAAUCAAUAAAAAUGGUACAGUUGUUACUGCAUAACUGCGUCUAAUAUAUUUUAAAUUUUAUAUAUGUGAUAGAAAUAUUAUCCAUUUCGUAAGUGCCAUUUCGUAAGUAUACAACGCUGAAACCUAUUAAAAUUAAUAUAAAAAUUUGUUUGUAUCUUCUUUACAUUAAUGCUUCUAACAAGAUAACGUAUAUUUAUUAAUUGGAAAACUAUUUUAAUACAGAGUAUUUGUGUGUGCGUGCAUUUGCAUUUGUAAACCAUCUACCUCAAGAGAAGAUCUACACACGAUUCUCGACGUAGUGCAUAAUCGGAAUCGCUUACAACAAGAUAGGUAACACAAGAUAAUUAUGAUCGGGAGAAAAUAUGAACGAAGUUAUUACAAUAAGAGUUUUCAUAGGCGCUACAUCAUUUUCAUACGUAAAGAGAUAGACAAAAGGAAUUCUGACGUCAAAUAUGCAUAUAUACAUAGGAUACUUCGCGGACAGGGCAUGCCAUUUAAAUGUUACAAAACGCAUUGGUUCUUAUCAGUAGCAGUCAUGUUUCAACAAUUGGAUUAUUAAUCGGAAUACUCUUACAUCCUAGGAACUGAACAAACGAGUACUUUGUACGUAAGACUAGUUUCGUUUCUCUACUCUUUUUUUUAUUCUGCAAUUGUAAAUGCAAAUUCGGCAUUUGAAGCGUCAUCUAAUGCGUCAAUACUUUUACACUCGUUUAUAUAUUAUUACUUUAUUUUACUUAAUAGCGUUUAUUGUACGUCAAGCGUCGGUACGAAUGUACAAAAACACACUUUGGCUCUCGAAAAACCAAGUUUCCGCUAAACUCGUAAUUUAUUAAAAAAUUGAUUUAAUUGCAA